UAGCAAGUGGUAUUGCAAUUCACGACUGCAUAGACACUUAGAUCAACACUAACCAGCUGAAAUUUAUUUAUUGAAAAUAUCAUAGAAGAAAAUAGUUUUUGAACCUUGACCUCCUGACCCAUACCCCGUCAGUGUAAACAUCAAAGGGUUGUGUUAUCGGCUGGUCAUGUGCUGCAGUUUCGGUUAGCGAUAAGAAGUCAAGAAGAUAGCGAAAUCAGGUGGUAUUUGUUCAGUCUGUGCUGAGGCUUGUCGAUCAGAAGAACACCAGCAGUCUAAAUAGUUUCCUUGUGUCAGGGAAACAGUGUGUCCUGCAGGAUGAGUUGUCCAAGGAGAUGCUGUCUGUCUUUACGGGAAGAAUUCCGCUUGAAGAACUUUGGAUUUGGCGAUGUUUACAAAGGACGUUUUUUCAUGUGGCAUUGGCGUAUUCCUCCAAUCCUGUAUCUUCUGUACCGUUUCGUGAUGGCGGUUUACGUGGACGUAUGGCUCAUCUACCUCUGUGUCGACCAAAGCGGUGUACCCUUAAAUGGUCUGUCCUUUGCUGCCUUCCUGACCAACUGGACAUACACCGUGCUAGCACUGUACAUGACCACUCACUUCAUAGCAGCAUUCAUCCACUACAUCUGUCUCCGGUACGAGGACACAAAGUUCGUUAGAAGACCGCCAUCUCAAGGUCAUCAGAACAUGUUCCCUGAAGCCAGCACUGACCCCUGGAUGGUCACCUCAACGGGUUACGAAUCCAUCCCUGACGGUGUUGGAGAUAUAGAUUUUCGUCUUUUUGGGUUACCGUGGUAUCUGAAAAUCGUCUGGAUUCUGUUUAAUGUUGUAUCAAGCUGUGCUAUCAUGGUUACGUUAAUAUUUUUUGCGGUCCUGUUUCCGCAGAUGAGUGGAAUGGAUGCAGGGGCGAUGGGUAAUGUUCAGCUUCACAUGCUGAAUUCCGUCAUCGUGGUCAUUGAGCAUGUCUUGUCGGCAAUUCCGAUCCGAUUGCUACACGUCAUCUACCCCAUAACAUACGGCCUGGUGUAUGUUUUCUUCAGUGUAUUUUACUGGAUUCCCGAUCACAGUCGCGUCAUGUAUCCUAAAGUUCUUGACUGGAACGAGCCAGGGUUGACAAUAGGAAUGGUCCUCCUUAUUGGGUUUGUCAUCAUACCUGUUUUACACUCUUUUUUUUAUCUGAUUUAUAAAUUGAAGCUUGUCAUUUACAUGAAGCUGGGUUAAAUUGUGCCUUUUGACCAUAUAUUCUAUAUUUUGUUAAUAUGUACACCAUGUAAUACAUUGAUUAUAUAUUUUAUGAUGUCUUAAACAGGUUUUAUGUAGCAUUUUAUGUUUGUUGUUGCAUAUUAUGGAGACUUUGCUCGAAACAAAGGACAGUCAGUUUCAGCUGUUUCAAAGGUCAGAAACAAGCAUUAGACCACUAGUCUGUGGCAAGUAAACAUUUGGAAGGACUACAUCUCUAGAUUGUAGUUAAAUAGCAUGAACCACUAGCCCGAAAUGAGAUGUAGACAUUCUGGAUUUUGAUCAUAAUGUCUACUCUGGGAUGAAUGGUGACAUUUCACUGGAGCAUAAACACAAUUUUACUGUGUUACCAUGGUUACAGUUACUGUGUGCCAAGAUAGUGAUAUGGUUGGGACAUCCCUUCACAUCUACCUACGUAUUGUAUAUUGAAGGACACACUGCCAUUAACACAUGGUUAAUAUGAUUAGUUGAAGAUCCGAUAUAGGUGAUAUCGAAGGGUAUAUCUGCUAUUGGGAUUCCAUAGGCCCUCAGUCACCUAUGCCUGUUGUAAAAGUUGAUACAACAUUUUGGUACAUUAGUAGUGUUGUAAUAGUAUGAUGAUUUUAUAUUUGGGUCAGUAUGCAGAUUUCCUUUGCUUUUUUUCAGGUUAAUAUGAUUGAGUGAGUGUGUGAGUGAGUGUAUGCUUUAGACAGUGUUUCAGUUGUAUUACAGUCAGCAUGAUACGAGAGAAAGUCCUGGAGUGAAGUUUAUGAUGUGAAACCUACAAGCAUGGGCAGUGUAGACAAAACCUAGAAUUAUCAUCUGGGCAAAUCUUGGAUUCAUGCCACGCUAGUCCCAGUGUUAAGUUCAUACCAGUCCCUUUCUGAGCCUAAUACCAGUCCCUCUCUGAUCUUCAUACCAGUCCCUUUCUGAGCCUAAUACCAGUCCCUCUCUGAUCUUCAUACCAGUCCCUUUCUGAGCCUAAUACCAGUCCCUCUCUGAUCUUCAUACCAGUCCCUUUCUGAGCCUAAUACCAGUCCCUCUCUGAUCUUCAUACCAGUCCCUUUCUGAGCCUAAUACCAGUUCCUCUCUGAGCUUCAUACCAGUCCCUUUCUGAGCCUAAUACCAGUCCCUCUCUGAUCUUCAUACCAAUCCCUGUCGGAGCUUCGUACCAUUCCCUCUCUGAGCUUCAUACCAAUCCCAGUCGAGAUUUAUUCCAGUGACUGUUUUUGGUACACAACCAUCAACUGAAUAAUAAUAAUGGCUGUUUAUAAAGCACCUGUUUCCACACACUUGUGUAUGCUCAAGGCGCUAAGACAUUACCGCCCUUGAUAACCCAAGCUGCCUGUGACAGUCAUGUGACCUAUUCCACUUCUUACAAGUAUGUCUUGGAUUUUAUCGUCCAAGUUUUGGUCACACUUGUUUCUUUCAGUUGAUCAAUAGUAACCAUGGUAGCGUGUGUUUGUGAAUGUUUUGUAUUUCAUCUUCUUUAUGGACAUUGCUUAAGAGGUAGCCAGUAUACCAAAUUGAUUCUAGAGAAUCAAAGAUGAUCAUUAAUUGUGUACUUGCACAUACUAGAUAAAAAGAGAUUAGAUAUGGUAUUCAGAUAUAAGUAGAACAGUGAUCUUAUCAUUUGCAUGAUAUUAGAAUGGUUUUUCACAGCUUUUAACAAUAUUCAAGCAAUAUGAUGAGGGGGACACCGAAAAUUGCCUGGUACACAUACCCAUACUUGGAAUCGAACCUGGGUCUUUGGUGUGAUAUACACCCACAGAAAAGCUAUUAUCAAUAGACAAGACUGAUGUUUGUCUUGUUUGUAAGGAUAAACUUUCUACACAUUGUACAAUAGAGAUAAACUAGUAUAUGUAGCUUAAUGGAAGUUUUAUGUUUUCAUUUUUAACUUUUCUAUUUUAAAGAGGUUUUUACCAUUUUUACAAAUAAUUACCCCUGUCAAAUCAAUCAGUUUACAUGUACUAUUCCUACAUCUUGUCUUGCUGACAAAAGAAACCAACAACAUUGGUCAACAAGGCAAUAAGUUUAGCAAUGUACCCAAGGGACCAAGUGCACUUAAGAUUUUAUCUGCAAGCUCAAUUAUAACUUCUUUACAACUUCUGAAAUGUCUCUCAAAGAAAUGUAGAUGGGAACUGUUUAAACUGUUCUGUGAGAGGCUGCCUCUUUUUGAUAAGAUCUGUUGGAAAUGUAUGUUUUAGCCAAUUCUGUUAAGAUUUCAUCUGCAAGCUCAAUUACAACUUCUUUACACUUCUAAAAUGCCUGUCAAAGAGGUUAGAACUGAGUAUAUUGUUCAUUUAUCUAUAAUAACUUCCUUUUUAUGUGUGCAUUUGAUAAUCAUGAUGAAGAGUGUUAUCUUUGUGUAUAAUGAUGAUAGAGAAUGUAAAACAUUAAUUGAUCUGGCAUUAUGCUUUUACCCUGCUAACCCUGCUUCCGAAAUUCCAGGAAUGGUUUUGGUGUACAGAUAUGUUUUUACUGUUGUUGUCGUUGUACAUGUUAAUGUUGUUAUAUUGUACUCAGGAUUAUUGUCUGUAUUGUCGAAGCUUAUACUGUGAUAUUAUUGGAAGGAAAUUGUGUAAACAUGUCAAAAUAUCAGUGCCAUACAAAUACACUGAUGAUUGGCCUAAUGUAAAUAUUAUAUUAAAGAGACAGAAAUAAAUGCAUUGCCUUAUUGAUUAAUCGCUUAGUUUUCAUGCUUAGAAAAGAUUAGCCGAGAUUUAUUGGCUUUGGAACAUACUCAAUCAUUGUGAAGACAUAAUGGUAAUUUUAGAUUAGCACAAUGCGCGCCACAAUCUGUUGCCCACACCGUCUGUGUUGAUUGUACCAUGUGCUAAUUUGAUGCAAAUAUUGAAAUUCUAUAUAUUACCCUUAAGGUAGAAUGAUCGGAUGUAAAAACUUUCCAAUAUUUUUUAGUGAUUCUCAGUGAUGAUUGGAGCAUUAAUAUAUACGUCAUUGUUUGAUUUUUUAGAAAAGUAUGACAUUAAGUCAUCAAUUAUUAAUGAUGACACAAAUCGAUUACUUCAUGUCAUCUAAACAAUAACCUGUGUUGACAUUUCAACAGUUUUUCUUCAUUGUCUCUUUUAAAAUAUCAAUGAGGAAUGAUAGGAUAAUCUACUUGAAACUUACAAUAACAGUUUAUUUGUCCCUAGUAAAUGAAUGCAGGAAGCAUUGUAAGUCCCUGGCUGAAGGAUGGGUGUUAUACCCUAUAUUCACUCGGGACAGAUUAUCCGUAUUUCCUUGAAGCUAAUUGGUUAUCAUUUAUUUAUCAUUUAGUCCAGGCCUGUAUGUUGUCUUGCUGUACAGGCUUAAUUUGGCUAAUAUCCUAUAGUUUGGCCAUAUAUUUGGUGUAGCUUGGUUUACAGAUGUGCUCACUAUUGAAAUAGAAACUUAAUAAAGAAGUCAAAAUAACAAUAAAAUAGUUCAUUUUUGUAUGAAUAUUAAUUGUAAAUUCAAGUCAAACUCUGACAAAACUUGUUUAUCACCCAAUGAUCCAAGUUAGAGUUCUAGAUGAUUGAAACAUCCUGUAGAAUGCAUAUUAUAUAUUAUUUUUUUUAACCAAAGAUCAGAGAUUUUACCAAAAACAUACAUAAACCAAAAUCAGAAAAACUCAGCAAAUGAGCAUAUCGAUCUUAAUUUUUCUUUCUAUGCAAUGCUUCAGUUCAGAUGCAGAUAUUUUUAAAAUAGGAAGAUACUUUCCUUACUUGCUGAACAAAGUCUGACUGAACAUUUGGCCUGAAAAUCAUUGUCCAGUCUUUCAGCAUGAUCAGGAAACAUUUUUAUCACUGUACAAACCUGGAAUAUUAAACCUUUUAUUGAAGUAAUUCCAGGUCAACCAAACCAAGAGGGGACCUUUGUGCUGUUGUUUAAGCUUAUGGUGUAUCUAUAUUGUCAUGCAGUAUUUUCUCAUUUUUGUUGGUUUGAUUUUGAUAAAUGUGUAUUUGAAAUAAUGACAUCGACUUCAACAUGUUUAAGUCUUUCUCUUGUUUGUAUUUGAGCAUGCUGUCUAUUUUUACCAAUGUGCCUCAAUACUGAUUUCCUCAAAUGUAGCUGUUAUUGGUUUUGUUAUGUGAAACUUUUGUUGCGUUCAUACUUCAUGUUCACUGUCACAGUCAACAUGGAUAAUUUGCUCUGUGGAUAUUAUAUUAUUAAAUAAUAUAAUAUGUUUUGCAAUAUUGUGAUGCUAUAAUAUAGAAAAAAAAUCCAAUUUUCCCUCUUGCUAUUCAUCAUAAUUCUUAGUUUGUAGAUAAUGUUUCAUCAGCUUUUAUAGUAAUUUGUAUAAUAAAUAUAUAAAUGUU